AUGGGUGCUACCAAGAUCGAUGGCAAGGUCAUUGCCCAGAAAAUACGUGAGCGUCUGGGUGUCGAGGUUGCUCAGAAGCAAAAGGCAAACCCACGCUAUCGACCAUCCUUGAAGAUCAUCCAGGUUGGUGAUCGCCCAGACUCAACGACAUAUGUACGCAUGAAGUUAAAGGCGGCUGAGGAAGCCGGCAUUGAUUGUGCUCUUAUUCAUCUGCCUUCUUCAAUUUCGGAGCCGGAGCUGCUUCAACAGAUCACCCAGUUCAACAAUGACCCCUCUGUUCAUGGCAUUCUCAUUCAAUUGCCAAUCCCAAAGCACCUUUCAGAACACACCAUCACAUCUGCUGUUCUUGAUGAGAAAGAUGUCGACGGCUUCGGAGCAACCAACAUCGGUGAGCUGGCCAAGCGUGGUGGCAAGCCAUUCUUUGUCCCCUGCACACCCAAAGGUGUUAUGGUUCUCCUCCAAGAAAGUGGCGUAGAGGUGGCAGGCAAAACCGCCGUAGUUCUCGGACGAAGUGAUAUCGUUGGAAGUCCAGUCAGCUACCUUCUGAAGAAUGCCGAUGCAACAGUUACAGUCUGCCACUCCAAGACAAAGAACUUACCAGAUGUCAUCAGGCAGGCAGACAUUGUGGUUGCGGCUAUUGGCUCACCAGGCUUUGUAAAGGGAGACUGGCUGAAACCCGGUGCAGUUGUCAUUGAUGUGGGCACAAAUUACAUUCCUGACAGCACGAAACAAUCAGGCCAACGUCUUGUUGGUGACGUUGAAUUUGAUUCAGCAGCAGAGGUCGCUUCCCAAAUCACCCCAGUCCCUGGUGGAGUGGGCCCAAUGACUGUGGCCAUGCUGAUGCAGAAUGUUAUCGACUCAGCUUCGUCAUAUUUUGAACGAUUGAAGAGCCGUCGUAUCCUUCCUCUGCCCAUCAAGCUACAAACCCCAGUCCCGUCCGACAUCGCUGUGGCUCGAUCACAACAACCUAGGUUAAUUACUCAUAUUGCCAGUGAUAUAGGCAUCGCACCUCACGAACUAGAGUCUCAUGGUGCCCACAAGGCUAAGGUAGAUCUCUCCUUACUGUCUAGGCUUGAACACCGGAAGAAUGGCAAGUAUAUCCUCGUCAGUGGCAUCACGCCGACGCCUUUAGGUGAGGGGAAAUCUACCACCACCAUGGGCUUGACUCAAGCACUGGGUGCGCAUCUUGGGAGGAUAAGUUUUGCCAAUGUGAGGCAGCCCAGUAUGGGUCCCACAUUUGGUAUCAAAGGUGGUGCCGCUGGCGGUGGCUACAGUCAAGUCAUUCCCAUGGAUGAGUUCAACCUUCAUCUGACUGGCGAUGUUCAUGCCAUCACAGCGGCAAACAAUCUGCUCGCAGCUGCAAUUGACACGCGGAUGUUUCAUGAAUCCACUCAAAAAGACGGUCCUCUCUACAAGCGUUUAGUUCCUUCCAAGAAAGGAAAGCGAGAGUUUCUUCCCAUCAUGUUUCGAAGAUUGAAGAAGCUGGGCAUCGACAAGACCAACCCUGACGAUCUGACUGAAGAUGAGAUUCGUCGCUUCGCUCGACUUGAUAUUGAUCCAGAUACCAUCACUUGGAGGCGAGUGCUCGAUGUCAAUGACAGACAUUUGAGGGGCAUUACAAUUGGUCAGGCCCCCACAGAGAAAGGCCAUACGAGACAGACAGGCUUCGAUAUUUCCGUUGCAAGUGAGUGUAUGGCGAUCCUUGCCUUGGCCAGUGGUCUAAAGGAUCUCCGUGAACGUCUUGGAAGCAUGGUCAUUGGAUCAUCUAGAUCAGGAGAUCCUGUCACCUGUGAUGAUAUCGGCGUAGGUGGUGCUCUCACUGCACUCAUGAGGGAUGCCAUCAAACCCAACUUGAUGCAGAGCUUGGAAGGAACUCCAGUCUUCGUCCACGCUGGGCCUUUCGCAAAUAUCAGUAUCGGAAAUAGCUCGGUACUGGCUGAUAAGUUGGCUUUGAAGCUUGCUGGAACUGAAGCGGAUGAAGAUCACGAUGCGAAGGCUGGAUUCGUUGUGACAGAGGCCGGCUUUGACUUCACCAUGGGUGGGGAAAGAUUCUUCAAUAUCAAGUGCCGUGCCUCUGGGCUCGUCCCCGAUGUUGUUGUGGUCGUUGCGACCAUUCGUGCACUGAAAGUCCAUGGUGGAGGACCUGAGAUUAGCGUUGGAGGUGCAUUACCCGAAGCUUACCGCACAGAGAACGUUGAGAUGCUUCGCGCCGGUUGUGUCAACUUGAAGAAGCAUAUCGCCAACGCUAAAUCAUAUGGCAUCCCUGUGGUAGUAGCCAUCAAUAAAUUCGAAACUGAUACUGAGGCAGAAAUGAGGGUCAUUGAAGAAGAAGCCCUGUCGGCCGGAGCAGAAGCUGCUGUCCCAGCAAACCACUGGGCUGAAGGUGGUGCUGGUGCGGUUGAUCUGGCCAAGGCAGUUAUCGAUGCAUCAACUAAACCCAAGAACUUCAAGUAUUUGUACGAUCUGGAAGGUACUGCACAAGAAAGAAUCGAGAAAAUCGGCAAGGACAUGUAUGGCGCCGCCAAAGUCGAAUUCAGCGAACUCGCACAGAAGAAGGUGGAUAUGUACACUAAGCAAGGCUUCGGAAAUCUCCCAAUCUGCAUUGCAAAGACUCAGUAUUCGCUCAGUCACGACCCGGCGCUCAAGGGCGCCCCAACGGGUUUCACCAUCCCAAUCCGGGAUGUCAGACUUGCCGUGGGAGCUGGAUAUCUCUACGCACUAGCUGCCGAUAUCCAGACGAUUCCGGGUCUCCCAACCGCGCCCGGCUAUCUCAACGUUGAUGUCGACCCCGAGUCUGGCGAGAUCGAUGGCCUUUUCUGA